AUGGUACCGAAAAAAGAAAAAAGUGACAGUGAAAAUACAAAACGUUUUAGUGUAGCAUUAAAGAAAGUAAUUAUUGCAAAAUAUGAGAAUGGCAUUCGUGUUUCUGACAUCGCUAAAGAAUAUAAUGUGGCAAAAUCGACUAUCUCUACAAUUAUUAAAAACAAAAAAGCAUUUAAGACUGCCGAAGUGGCUAAAGGAGUGAAUGUGAUAUCGAAACAAAGAUCUAAAGUUUUAGAUAAAGUUGAAAAACUAUUGCUAAUAUGGAUCAAUGAAAAGCAACUUGCUGGAGACAGUGUUAGUGAAGCUAUAAUUUGUGAAAAAGCUAAAAAUUUAUACAAUGACUUGUUGAUCCAGACACCCAGUCCAAGUGCAGAUAGGCAGGACUUUAAAGCGAGACGAGGGUGGUUUGAUAAGUUUCGUCGACGAACUGGCAUUCACAGUGUCAUAAGACACGGGGAGGCUUCAAGUUCAAAUGAAAAAGCAACAAAAGCAUUUGUAGAUGAAUUCGCAGAGUUUGUAAAAAGUGAAGGAUACGUCUGGAAUCAAGUGUUUAAUUGCGAUGAGACCGGUCUUUUUUGGAAAAGAAUGCCUAGACGAACGUACAUAACCCAAGAAGAGAAAGCACUUUCCGGGCCCAUGAAGGACAGACUCACUCUUUUAUUUUGCGCUAAUGCACGUGGUGAUCUCAAAAUCAAGCCUCUUUUAGUCUACAGCGCCGAAAAUAUCCGUGUCUUUAAGAGCAAAAAUGUGAUAAAGUCCAAACUGCCUAUACAAUGGAAGGCAAAUAGUAAGCAUGGGAAAUGGAUCUUCCUCUUAUGUCUUCUCUUGAUGGAUAAUGCUCCAGCACAUCCACCAAAUUUGGAGGACGACUUGGAUAGUGAACAUGACUUCGUCAAGGUCAAAUUCUUUCCACCCAACACAACUCCAUUACUGCAACCAAUGGAUCAGCAAGUUACCAAUGAUACCGACUUAAAUCUUAGAACUUUUUGGAAGGAGCAUUUUAACAUCCUGCAUUGUAUCAACCUUAUUGACAAAGCCUGGAGUGAGGUCUCUCACCGCACUUUGCAAUCGCCCUGGAGGAAACUUUGGCCAACUUGUGUCCCAGAGCGAAACUUUAAGGAAUUUGAAGAAGAGAGCUCUCCUGAUGUAGUGCAUGAAAUCGUGUCCAUUGGCAAGAGUUUGAGAGUAGAGGUAGAUGAUGCAGACGUGGAGGAAUUGCUGAAAGACCAGUAG